UAAUGAACAUAGUAGUUUUCACUUACUUCCGACAUCAGAGCCACUGAAAACGCGGUGGAUGGAUUUUAUUUACGAAGGAAAGGCGCCACUCAAAAUUCCAAAAUACGUUUAUGUUUGCGCGAAUCAUUUUUUGACUGACUGUUUUCAGAACGAAGGUCAAUUCAAAGCAGGUCUUGCUUCAAAGUUAAUCCUCAAGUGUGGAUCGUUGCCUACUGUUCGCGAUCCAACGUCACCUCCAGAAGAAGCCAGCACAUCGACACGAAGCUGUAGAACGAGGGAUAUUGGCGUGCAGACAGAAACAUCAAAGCUAUGCAGUGUUGGUACACAACUGUCAAUGAGAACGCUUCAAACACACCACAGGAGUAUCAGUGUCCAGACAGAGACAACAUUGUCAAGUUUUGAUGUUAGCACAAAAUUAGUUUCUCAUACAGCUGUUGCGUCUUCCACGCCCCUCAAGACUUCAUCAAAGAGACCUUGUCUGGACCUUGAGGAAGAUGAAGAUAUCCUACAGGAAUGCUCUUCAAUACUAACAGCACAAGAGACUGAUGUCACAUUUAAUCCUGCAGAGGCAGACACAUCAAUAACAGAGCCAAAAGACUUGUCAGCUCAGGAAUCCAGCCCUAUUCAAAAAAUUUGUAAAUAUAUUGUCUAUGAGACCUGCAUCAUGGAACUGUUUGAGGUGUGCCCAGUAUGUCAUAGAAGCUGUCAUAUAAGAUCACAAAGGAUUGGAACAUUUCUACGUGUUGAACAACUCUGCCACCAUUGUCAGUUCUCACGGAAAUGGAACAGUCAGCCGAUUUUGGGCAGUACUCCAGCUGGAAACCUUCACCUUUCUGCUGCUGUGUAUCUCAGUGGUGCAUCAUUUUUCACAAUUGAAAAGAUAUUUGCAGCUAUGAAGUUACAUCUUUUCAAGUACGACACCUUUCGUCGUCAUGCACGAAUGUGCAUUGAGCCUGCUAUUGUUUACAAAUGGAGAAACUGGCAGUAUGAGAUGCUACAGCUGUUGGCUCAAAGGGAAAAGGUCAUUGUUGGAGGAGAUAUGAGGGCUGACUCACCAGGGCACUCUGCCAAAUAUGGCAGUUACACAAUAAUGGACCUUGAGACAAACACCGUUGUUGAUGUACAACUCGUCCAGAGUAAUGAAGUGGGAGGAAGUUACCACAUGGAAAAGGAAGGUUUGAAGAGAGGUCUUGACUUUUUGGAUGCUCGUGGAGUGACUCUGGACUGCAUUGUGACUGACCGACAUACGCAAAUACAAAAAUUCCUCAGGGAACGCAAUGUCAACCAAUUCUAUGAUGUCUGGCACAUAGAGAAAGGUAAAUAA